GGCUUCUAUCAACUUGUUCGUUUGAAGACCCGGAGUUCUCCCCAAUGGCCAGAACAUGCCUCAGAAGAACAAGUACGAUUUGUACACUGAAGGAAUGACUGGAGCCUCCUUCGUCGCUCCACGAGCGGAGAAUCUGAACGCAUGGCUCUACCGUAUCCGACCAUCAGUCGCUCAUCAAGGAUUCUCCAAACUACCUGACAAUCCCGAUUUCGAAUCCAACUUUCUUCCUCUCAACUCCAAAGUUCAUGUCAGCCCUACUCAAUUAGCCUGGCACCCCUUCGACAUCCCUUCCGGGGAACAAUUGGUCGAUUUCGUGGACGGAAUGAAGACUGUAGCGGGAAACGGCGACCCGACUUUACAUGAAGGUCUUGCUGUACACAUGUACCUGGCCAAUAUAUCGAUGGGAAGGAAAGCCUUCUGUAACGCGGACGGGGAUAUGCUCAUUCUGCCUGAACGUGGGAGGUUAGAUAUACAGACCGAAUUUGGAAGAAUAAUGGCACGACCGGGAGAAUUAGUUGUUAUACAGAGAGGAAUUAAGUUCAAGGUCAAACUUCCCGACGGACCUUCGCGCGGAUAUAUUCAAGAGAUUUAUGGCUCGCAUUAUACUUUACCAGAGCUAGGGCCCCUUGGUGGACACGGAUUAGCCAAUCCAAGAGAUUUUGAAAGCCCAUUGGCGAGCUUUGAUUUGGACCAGAACCAUUGGGACAUUGUUUACAAAGUAUGUGGUCAGAUGCAUUCUUGCUCUCAGGAACACACCCCGUUCGACGUUGUUGCGUGGCAUGGCAAUUAUGUUCCUUAUAAAUAUGACAUGUCGAAAUUCGUAUUUGUUGGAAGCAUCUCCAAAGACCACAUCGAUCCUUCCAUCUUCUGUGUUCUCACUGCCAAAUCCAAAGCACCCGGCGUUCCACUUGCGGACUUUUUAAUCUUCAGCGGACGAUGGGAUGUUGGUGAAGGAACAUUUAGGCCUCCGUACUACCACCGUAACUCGUCGACCGAGUUCAUGGGCAUGAUAUAUGGCGAAUACGGAGGACGUAGCGACGGCUUCAGACCCGGAGGCGCGAGCUUUGAGACUGGAUUUUGUCCGCAUGGAGUCUCUUACGAAGAAUUCCAGAAAGCGACUGAAGCCGAGCUAAGACCAACGAAGGUGCAUGAAAACACACUGGUGUUCAUGUUCGAGUCAAGCAUGAUGUGGACAAUUAGUGAUUGGGCAAUGAAGAGGAGUGGCAAACUGCAUGAGCAUGAACCUAAAAUGUGGGACAAUCUCAAAGGUCAAUUCAUGAACCAUCUUGAGGAAGUGGAAGAGGACUUGAGGAAGGCCGGGUUGCCAGGAUUGGGUCAUACGAGAGUGGAUAGUGGACAGAAUGGUUCAGAGAUGAAGGGUAAAGGACACAUGAAUGGACAUUGAUUGUAAUACUAAGUUCUGCGAAGCUCUGAUUACUCGCUGUACAUUAUUAU